AUGAAUAAAACUACAUCUGCUGUGCCAACAUCCAGUCUGCUUGAAAAGGAUCAGGCUUUUCAGAUGAUCACACUUCAGAAGGAAACAGGCCUUGGCUUGAAGGUCCUAGGAGGAAUUAACCGGAAUGAAGGUCCCCUGGUAUACAUUCAAGAAAUCGUUCCUGGAGGAGACUGCUAUAAGGAUGGCCGUUUGAAGCCAGGAGAUCAACUUGUCUCACUGAACCAGGAGUCCAUGAUCGGUGUAUCAUUUGAAGAAGCAGAAAGCAUAAUUGCCAGAGCCAAUGUGAGAUCAGAAUCUGCUUGGGAGAUAGCAUUCAUAAGACAAAAAUCUGAUGGCAAUCAUCCAGAAAAUCCAUCAUGUCCAUCCAUUUUACAAUCUUCAGGAGAAUAUCGACCUCAGACUUCAACCUUUGGUCUUCUUCCUUCUCCCUCUGAAAUUCUAAUUCCACAGACCACAUCUAAUCCGAAAACAAAAGAAGCCAUUGUACCUUCUUUUAAGACAAAUCAGAUAAAAACUGCAUACAAGAAAACAGAACAGACUCCAAUUACUUCUUCAGACAACAGCCCUACAGAUAUGUCUAAUACAGAUAUUGUGCCUGCCUGGAUGGAUAAUUAUGGACCCCAAGGAAAAAAGAUUUCCUUAAAUCCCUCUGUUCGCCUUAACGCAGAGAAAUUGGAAAUGGCUCUAAAUUAUCUUGGUAUUCAGCCCACGGAAGAACAACACCAGGCCUUGAGACAGCAAGUGCAAGUAGAUUCAAGGGGAACAGUGUCUUUUGGAGAUUUUGUCCAGGUUGCCAGAAAUUUGUUUUGUUUGCAGUUGGAUGAUGUAAAUACUGGUGCACAAGACAUUUCCAACAUAUUGGAUUCACAGCGUCUUCCCUGUGAUUCUUUAGAAGCAAAUGAAAUGGAAAGACUUAAGCAUGAAAGAAAUGAUGCCUUGGAAGAAGUGAAUACACUUAAGGAAAAGUUAUUUGAAUCAGAAAGGCAAAGGAAACAAUUGACAGAAGAACUGCAGAAUGUGAAACAAGAAGCCAAAGCUGUGGUUGAAGAAACAAGAGCCCUACGCAGUCGGCUUCACCUUGCUGAAGCUGCACAGAGGCAGGCGCGUGGAAUGGAAAUGGACUAUGAAGAAGUAAUCCGUCUGUUAGAGGCUGAGAUUAUAGAGCUAAAGGCUCAGCUUGCUGAUUAUUCUGACCAAAAUAAAGAAAGUACUCAAGACUUAAGAAAGAGAAUCACAGUGCUUGACUGCCAAUUGCGAAAAUCAGAAAUGGCUUGUAAAACUUUUGAGGCAUGCACUGAAAAGCUUCUUCAUUUUGUGGAGGCUAUUCAAGAAGUAUUUUCUGAUAAUUCUGCUUUCUCAAAUUUAAGUGAAAGAAGAGCUGUGUUAACUUCUCAAACUUCUCUCACACAAUUGGGAAGGAAUGGACGUAAUAUCCUUGCAACGCUGGCGCUUGAAUCUAAGGAGCUUAUUAAAUCUGUUCGUGCCAUGCUUGAUAUGGAUUGUCUACCUUAUGGUUGGGAAGAAGCUUACACAGCAGAUGGAAUCAAGUACUUCAUCAAUCAUGUAACCCAGACCACAUCCUGGAUCCAUCCUGUGACAAAUGCACUAAACUUGUCUUGCUCAGAGGAGCAUGAAGAAGAUUGCUCCAGACAACUUCCCAACCAGAAGAGCUGA